UUGCUCGUUCAGUUACCCAACACUAGUUUAGCGCACUUGCCGGUUCACUCAGUGCGUCUAGAUCGAUGGUGGAAGGCGCACGUCUCAAGUUCACUCACAUUUGAACUUUCGCAAUAACUUGUAAACUUUUAAGUGCGAGGACGACCGGUUAAAAAAUGACGGCAGCCACUUUAGUUCAGCCCACGGGUGAACUGUGGAAGAAGACCAGAAUCGAGCUGAAUGAAGAUCAAAACACGAAGGACCGUGAUCUCGACAUCAUAAAGGAGUGGCUGAGAAAGCAGCCGCAUUUGCCGGAUGAGUUUGACGAGCAAUGCCUCCGUAACUUCCUUCGUGGCUGCAGCUAUUCCCUGGAGAAGACCAAGCGGAAGCUGGACAUGUACUUCACCAUGCGGGCCGCGUGCCCCGAAUACUUCUGCAACCGCGACAUGAACCGGCCGGAGUUGAUGGAUCUGGCUAACAGAGCUCAAGGACCACCGCUGCCAGGCCUGACCCCCAACGGGCGACGUGUCACUAUCUGCAGAGGAAUAGACAAGAAUGUUGACACCCAUCAGCUGAUCGAUGCGUUCAAGAUGGCCAUGAUGAUCGGUGAUGUGCGACUGAAAGAGGAGAUAGAGGGAGUUGGAGGAGAUGUGUACGUUCUAGACGCUUCUGUCGUGGCUCCAAGCCACUUGGCCAAGAUUUCGCCCACCGCUGUGAAAAAGUUCUUGAUUUGCGUGCAGGAAGCCUACCCAGUGAAGCUGAAAGAGGUGCACAUAGUAAACGCGUCGCCACUCAUCGACAAAAUCAUCAACUUCGUAAAACCUUUCCUCAAGGAGAAAAUCAGGAAACGGAUCUUCUGCCACACGGACUUCUCGACUCUGUACGAACACGUCCCACAGGAGAUGCUCCCGGAAGAGUAUGGUGGCAACGGAGGAUCCCUUGCUGAUAUUAACAAAGCGUGGCACGCGAAGCUGAUCGAAUACACCCCCUGGUUCAAGGCCCAGGAGUCAGUGAAGGCGAACGAAGCCCUCCGGCCCGGGCGGCCCACCAACUACGACGAGCUUUUUGGCAUCGACGGCUCCUUUAGACAGCUCUCUAUAGACUAGAAUGUAUUG